CACUAUGUGGAGAAGGCAGUGCCAGAAUGUUUGCUAAUUCUUUCAGCACGUUGGCUUAUUUCUAGUCUAAUAGGGCACAGCAAGAGAUAUGAAGCCCGACUCAUGUUGCUAGAGGAUUAGACUGCAUGUAGCCUCCAAAUGAAGAAAACACGGAGUACAACCUUGCGCCGGGCUUGGCCUAGCUCGGAUUUUUCAGACCGGGCCUCAGACCGUAUCCGCUCCCGCAGUGAGAAGGACUACCGCUUACACAAGCAAUUUCCACCGGCUUUUAUUUCUGCUGCAUCACGGGGAUACCUGACUGCAGGUGAUGUGUCACCAAUCAGUAUGUCCCCCAUCAGUCAGUCACAGUUUAUUCCUCUGGGGGAAGUUCUUUGCUUGGCCAUCUCAGCAAUGAACGCUUCAAGGAAACGAGUCACCCAGGAGGCUCUCAUGGAACAUCUAGCUACCUGCUUUCCAGGGGUUCCCACACCCAGUCAAGAAAUUCUGCGGCACACAUUGAACAUGCUUGUGAGAGAGCGUAAAAUUUACCCAACUCCUGAUGGUUAUUUUAUCGUGACCCCACAGACUUAUUUUAUUACACCUUCACUCAUAAGAACAAAUAGCAAAUGGUACCAUCUGGAUGAAAGGAUACCUGAUCGGUCUCAAUGUACGUCACCACAGCCAGGGUCUAUCACUCCGUCCACCUCUGGCUGUGUCAGAGACAGAGCGCACCAUAGAAACCACUGUGACUCUUGCAAUUGCUUUAGAGAAGAAUUUCAUAAUCAUACAUCCACUCUUCAGAAAAAAUCAACAAAGGAAUGUAAGGACUCUGUUUGCCCUCCUUCUUUCAAUCUGAUGCCAGCAACCCACACAGAGAAAAGUAAAAGUACUGUGAAUUGUUCGUACAAAACCGAAACGCUGCCGAAACACAAAGAUGGAGAAAAGCAAUCUAAAAAAUUUGGCCUGAAACUAUUCAGGUUAAGUUUUAAAAAGGACAAAUCAAAGCAGUUGGUGAAUUUUUCUGCCCAGUUUCCCCCAGAGGAAUGGCCAUUGCGUGAUGAAGAUAAUCCGACUUCCAUACCAAGGGAGGUAGAACAGGAGUUAAUUAAACGCAUCAAUCCUGACCUGACUGUAGAAAACGUCUUGAAACACACAGCGCUGAUGAAGAAACUUGAAGAGGACAAAGCCCAAAGGAAUAAAGCAGGUUCCUCCGCACAGCACAGUGGCAAGAGCAAAAAGAGUAGAAGUCACAAAAAAUCCCAUGGUAAAUCCCGAUCACAUAGCAAGUCUAGGGUUCCUAAAGGGGAACACUCAGAAGAUACCCACUUAGAUGUACCAGAAUCAAGGGAAUAUGAAUUUUAUGAUCCAGUAACUAGAUCACCGUGUGAAAAAAGUGCCACUAUAGAACUAAAAGGCGAUAAUGAGUUUAUAACACAUGAUAAAAUAAAUAUGGUUGAAUCCCACUUUCCUGUGACGCCAGAGUGGGAUGUGUCUGGGGAUCUAUAUAAGAGAAGGAUGGAGAGUCGAUUUCAUGAACAUUCGAGAGAGAGUUUACAGUCCAAGGUUCAUCGGAGCCACAGCCAUACUCAAGACAGAAAAUCAAGAAAUGAUAGGAGCAGUAAAGCUAAGGAGAGAUCCAGGUCUAUGGAUAAUUCGAAAAGACCUCUUGGUGCUGCCUUGUUAGGUACGCCUGAAGAGAUGAAAGGACGCGGCUUGGAGGAAAGCCAUUCCACUAAUGAAGACAGUAAAUUACGUUCUUCCAAAUUACUCAGUUAUCACAGAUCAGGACUGCCAUCACAUUCAAAUCAUAUUACAGAGCCAUGUAUACCUGAGUGCGUUGAUAUUGAUAACAGUACACCAGGUCCUGCUGAUCCUUGCAAUCCACUUGAACACAUUACAGUUGAAGAGGGUUUGUCCAAAUUCAGUGAACCCAACUGUUGCGCAACAGACCCAGCAGCUGCUGAUUACUUUCAGUGUAAUACAUCUAAGGAGGGUAUUUUGACUGCGUCUUCUCCAUCAACUGGAUGUAAUGAUGAGCAUCUGUUCAAGGGCUAUGAAAAUUUGACCUUGUCAGAUGGAGUUAAAAAUCUGUCCCCUUUGGACAGGUUCUCCAAACACUCUCCUAUUGAAGAAAAUGUGAAUGGACAGCUUGAGCAAUUGUCACUCCAACAGAGCCAUUAUCCUGAAAAAGUGGACACCAACAUUAGUCUGCCUGGAGCUGGGCAAGCAUCCACACUGUCAUUGCCGAAUGGAGAAGUCUUCAAACCACAUUCUGAAAUUCUGCCUGGAAAGUAUGUGGAGAACAGUUACCAGGAAUCAUCUGGGAUUUCAUUGUAUGAAUCACAACACAAGAACCCUUCUGAGGUGCUCCACACAAACCUUGAGAACCUCGAGUGUGUUGGCCUCACCGCUGGGACGCAAUUAAUGCCUGUGUCACAGGGACAAGAAGAGCCAGUGAACCAAGAAUCCUCCUUUGACUAUUACAAUGUUUCUGAUGAUGAGUCUGAAGAUGGGACGAACAAAAAACAAGAGGAGGCUAAGAACCGAGAGGACGGUGGAACUGUACAGUGGCUCCUAGAACGAGAGAAAGAGAAGAGCCUCCAGAGAAAGUUUGAGAAGAAUCUAACUCUCCCCAAGGAAGGUGAUAACAAUACCAGCCAGAAAACUACGCACACUGCUCGACUAGAUAGCAUGGACAGCAGCAGUAUAACAGUAGACAGUGGAUUUAAUUCUCCUCGGUAUUGAGUGGGUAAUGCAACUUACUGCAUGGCAUUCGCCAACACCAUAACUGCACCAUACUGCAUGAACGUCCAUUGUGGGUUUGGUAAAGAAGAAAAAGCACAAACUGUUUUGCACUUCAUGGCUUUGGUUUCUUGAUGAUAUUCUACCAAAACUUCCAUGUUUAGAAAUGAUCUUCUUUAGAACAUCAAGCCAGCAAAAUGCACCACAGUAAUUUUGCAAAGCUAGUGCACGCAUUAAAAUCUGGAUGAGCACAUUUCUGUCACAGUCUAAACACUGAAGAUAUUAUCUUCAAUUCUAAUGUCCGUUUUUUUUCUAAGAACAAUUGUUGUCGAUAAUAAAGUGAUGUGGUACCAACAGAUUCUGUUGCACUAUUGAAAGAUAAAAUGGUAUUUGAGUUUUGUUAGUUGUACAAUCUAUAAGCUUGCACAUUUGGUUAUUUUUGUCACUAUUUCAGUAGCCCUAACUACUGUCUAUAAGAGCAAUUCAUAGGGAAAAUUGUUUCAAGUAUUAUAGCAACUGUAUACCAAUUAUAUCUACCUGAUAAGAGUCUGUUUAUGUGUACCAAUGUGCUUCAGAGGAAAUGCUCUUGAAUAAGAAACUCUAUCUUGAAAACAGUUUGUUACAUGGAAAAUAGAUAUUGUUAUUACAAGGCAGUGUAACUGAAGCAUUUUGACUACAAUAUAAACCAAGUGAGCAAAGUUUGAGCGGGAUAACACACAUCACCUGUACACUUUGAUUAUGUUGCCAACAAUAGCUUCCUCCUAACCAACAUAACCAGUGCAUAAAAUUGUAAAGGUUUUAAAUUUCUUGGAUAUUGGUGUCUGAGCUGUCACUGUUGAUCAUGCAGUGUCAGUGAGCACAUUAUUACCGACCUUUCUGUAGUAAUUGAAACGUACGUUACCAUAUUAUGUUACUGAUAGAAGAGUAUUACAGCACAAGGCUANUUUUUACAGUGACCAGGGCCCAGUGUUAUGCAUGUAACUAACAUUGGUGCUAGCAUGCCACUAGGUUCCUCUCUUUUUGCUGAAAGGUAACUCCAUGUUUUAUAUCCAUUAGUGCCUUUGUGUUUUGGGAUGCCAUUAAAUAUUAAUUACUCUUUAUUUUGUGUGAUUUUUUUUUAAAUAAACAUUUCCUGUCCCAUUCCUCCCUUCAGUCUCUUCCGACCCUCAGAUGCUGAUGCUGGAGUAUGUUUGUACAGAACAGCAGCUCUUGUGGCCAUUCCGCAUCUAUGAGUCUGCAGGAUAUUUAAACUAGGGCAGGGGCAUCACAGUCAAACCUGACUCUAACAUCACCCCAAAACAUACAAGCACUGAUUCCAGUAGAAGCUGCUGGAUAACAGUCAGAAGUGCAAAUCCUAGGCACUUUUUCUGUCUUGUAACCCAAGUAACCUGAGACCAACAGUAACAUCCCUAUUGCUGCCCUAAUCGAGAGCAGCCCAACGCAGCACAGACUGGGGAUCAAACCUACAACCUUCCCAUCUGUAUCGCAGAUCUCUUUAGGAGUGGCUUAACCAACUGAGCUAUCUAUUAGGCUUCUGAUGCACCAGUUAAGCCAAUUUUGUACAAAUCUAGGUAUUUGGAAUAGUAGUGAGUAUGGAGCCAGUCCUUUAGAUGUGUUAUAUUUAUACAUUUUUUUUAAAAAAGGGACUAAUCAUCUCAUUUUGUCUUGUCCUACGACAGGCAAGAAUCUGUUUUUGGUGGAUAUUUGGCAUAAUUUUAUUAUUACCUGGAGGCACACUGCUAUUAUCAUGGCACUAAAACUGGUUAAUAUCUGCCCCUUUGUGAAUGUACAGUUUCCAAUAUUCAACAUCCAGCAGAUGCUUAUUGUGACAAUAGCACUGGAACACGCUUAUCAUUUGGUUAACCUUACUUUCAAAUUAAGUAAUUUCUAUUGAUGCAAAACUAUUAACACACCCAUUGAUAAAUGAUUUGAAAUUUGAUUUGGUUUCAAUAAAUGGUGUAAAUAUGAGAUUACAUAGAAUUACAUAGCGACAAAACAAGCAAACUAGUAUAAAUGUAUAUAUGUUUACAAAAUGUGUGUGUGCCUGAUUUAUUGCAAUCCAUAGUAGGACAAAACAUUGCAAAUGUCUUUGAUACUGUUUCUAUGGCAAUGAGAGAUUUGAAUGAUCUUAAAUGUACACAAAACAUUUUUUCAUUAAGUCAACAUAUUGUUCAUCAUUGCACAUAACUACCUCCACAGCUUUAAUAAAAUGGUAACAGUGAGGGUGAUGUAGCAUGAUUCCCUUUCUUUUCCCUCUCUUUGUUACCAUCUUAUAAAUAAGCUCUCACCAAACUUGCUUGUGAAUUUUUACGCUGGUGCUUUAAUUCCUUGAAGCGUGGGUUCCAAACUAGCUUCCAUAUAUGUUCAUUUUAAUUCAUGUGUUGUUUUGAAAUGUGCCAGCACGUGAAAAAAAGAUUAACUUCUUCUAUCAGAUAUCUCUAUGAGGAGUUUGCAUUCAAAGGUUAGUCUAUUUUUAAAGACUGAACUCAAAAGGAUAAUGAUAGGUAUUUUUCCUGUAAAUGACUGAAUUGUAAUUGUAUGAAUUUAGUGAGUACAAAUGCAAACAAUAUUUUUUCUUCAAGAAGAAGGAAUAGAGCAGCCAGGACUGCCUUGUACAAAUAUGUUUGCACUGCUAAAAUAACAACAAACGAAAAAAAGUGAUUUUCUCUGGUUGCUGUUAAACUCAUCCAGAUGUGGUGUUUAUAUUGUAAAAAGUUUCUUACCAAGCAAUCGUUCAUGGAACGUCUUCCCUAAUGUUACUGUUUUAUGUAUGUUAUAGCAAAUUAUAACAGGCUUGUUUUUUGUAAGUGUAUUAUACUGUAAAAUGAUGUGUUUAGCUGUCAUGCUUAGUACAAUAACUUGAAAAACUGUAAACAGGGAUUUUUAAAAAUGUUUAUUUAAAAGU